CCACCAGUCCAGUCAACUGGCAACAACAACAAACUCAUCUUUGACGCUGUCGCGACUGAUCUUGCUCUUUGCAAAGCCUUUACGUCAUGCCACAUCACCCUCCCUCCUCUCCAGACAUCGUCGCAAUCUCGCCACCACCAUCUUUCCCCACUCGACCGCCCAAGCGGCGGCGGACGUCCUCUGUUCCCUCAGACCCCUCAGCGCCCCCCCCCGCACAACCGCUAGCGUCUUCCUCCAAGGCGUCUCGCAAACCCUCCUCUUCAAUUUCAUCUCUACGCAAAAAGGUGUCAGUUACCGCACCGAACUCUCGAGCCCGCGUUACAGAGCGUAUGCUCAACACCCUAGACUCGGCAAAGAACCCCAUCACACACUCCGACGCCUUCGCACGGACGGCACAUGUCCAGUCAUGCUCGACAGGACACCAGCAACGUGGGGCUGACCGAGGCUUUUGGGCUUCAGCACGGAGUGAGGGACUCAGUACCGCGGGUGUGAGCGAGUCUGCGACCUACUGGAGCGUGCGCACAGCCAAGGUCGAAGCACAGGGCCGAGCGAAGACCAACAGCAUCCUCGCAGGCUGCACCAUCGCCAUCAAUGGACAUACCGGUCCCGUCUCCAAUCUUCAGCUCCAGAAUCUCAUUACGUCCAAUGGUGGUCGCUUUGCACCACAUCAGCAUAGCGGAUGUACGCAUGUGGUCGCGGAACGGCUAGCAGGCGGGAAGACGCAGAAGAUUAUCAAUGGGGCUGGUGGGCGUGGGGCGUCUCGGCGCGCCAAGAUUGUCAAGGUGCAGUGGGUGCUCGACUCUGUUGCGGCAGGGAAGAGGCUCAGCGAGGCGGGUUACAUGGUCAUCUCGGAUCCUUCUCAGAACAGCUUGUUCACUACGUUGGGCGUUAAGCCGAAGGCAGAGAUGCGCGUUAACGUCCAGAAGGAUGAGGAAUAGCGCGCAUGCGUCUGGCAGGGCGAAGACGCCUCGCAAUACUCCACUUUAUUAUUACCCACCGCACGAUACGCCUUCACGAGCAUUGUUAACAAUCAACCCCCUUCCGAGGAAAGCCGCAGGUACCCCGGGCUAUGCCAUAUGCAUACAAUACAGUCU